AUGAUUGCCUCUCCGUUGCAACUGGCAGGCGUUGGAGUGAUUGCGACACUCGCCUACUUCAUCGUCCAGACAAUCUAUCGCCUCUACUUCCACCCUCUCGCCAAGGUCCCCGGCCCCAAGCACUGGGCCAUCACCGACCUCUUCUAUGUGAGGCACUACAUCAACGGCACCUGGGAUGGCCACCUCAAGACGCUCCACGACAAGUACGGCCCGGCCGUCCGCUACACGGCCAACCAGGUCUCCUUCAACUCCACCGACGCCUGGAAGCCCAUCUACGGCCACAAGAUGAACGCCGAGCAGAACUUCGAUAAGGAUCCCAUAUUCUAUGCCGUCCGCGAAGAGGAUGCCUCCAACAUCAUUAUUGCCAACAACGACGACCACCGCCGCAUGCGCCGCGUCCUCGCCCACGCAUUCUCCGAGAAGGCCCUCCGCGGCCAGGAAGACAUCAUGAAGGGCUACAUCGACCUCUUCAUCCGGCGCAUUGGCGAGAAGGCCGCCGCCAACGAGGCCAUCAACAUCGUCCUCUGGUACAACUUCACCACCUUCGACCUCAUCGGCGACCUCGCCUUUGGCAAGCCCUUUGGCAUGCUCGAGAGGGGUGUCUACCACCCCUGGGUCGCCAUGAUCUUUGAGAGCCUCACCGUCGUGCCCUACCGCGGGGUCCUCAACCGCUACCCCUUCCUCAAGCCCUUCGCCGACCUCAUCACCCCGAAGCGCCUUGCAGAGAGCUACGCCGAGAACGUCAACCUCAGCCGCGAGACGGCCUUGCAGCGCCUCCACUCGGGCAACGUGGAGCGCGAGGACUUCAUGUCCUACAUUCUGCGCAACAACAACAGCGAUGACGAGAAGGUCAAGGCCAGGGGCCUCACCGAGGACGAGAUUGCCUCCAACGCCAUGAUCCUCAUCAUCGCCGGUAGCGAGACCACGGCGACGAUGCUCAGCGGCACUACCUUCAACCUGCUCAAGAACCCGGACAAGUACGAAAUCCUCGUCCGCGAGAUUCGCGGCGCCUUUGCAUCCGAGGACGAGAUCACUUUGACGUCAGUCAACCAUCUUGAGUACCUCCUAGCUGUCUUCAACGAGAGUUUCAGGAUCUACCCUCCCGUCCCUACAGGCCUAGCCCGCAUCGUCCCCGAGGGCGGCGAGACCAUCGAAGGCUAUUACAUGCCACCCAAGAGCAUCGUCGCCGUGUCCCAGUUCUCCGCCUACCAUGACGCGCGCAACUUCUUCGAGCCCGAGAGCUUCCACCCGGAGCGCUGGCUCGCCAGCAACACGACCGACCCCCGCUUCGUCAACGACAAGCGAGACGUCAUGCAGCCUUUCUCCAUCGGACCCCGGAACUGCAUCGGCAAGAACCUCGCCUACACCGAGAUGCGCCUCAUCCUCACCCGCCUGCUCUACAGCUUCGACCUGGAGCUCCAGCCGGAGAGCCGGGACUGGAUGAACCAGCGCGUCUUUACGCUGUGGGAGAAGGGCGAGCUCAUGGUCAAGCUCAAGCCCGUGACCAAGCGCUGGUAA